AUGAAAGAUAAGGGAAAGGGUGCUGAAAGCAGUGUGGCAGUUGCUGAAAGUUCAAUCGUUCCAUCUCUAGUUAUUGAGAAUCCAGUUCCUAUAUCUUCCGUAUCAGCAAUCUUUGAAGAACAUGAUGAUGAAGAGGGUGAUGACGAGGAAGAUGACGAUGAUAAGAAAGUCUUUUCGGCUAGCAGUCAUGGUUCUGAUAAUGACGAUGAUGAUGCUCAAGGUGGUAUGGGAAUUAAAGUGACUGAACAGUCAAGAGAAAAGAAUGUUGAUGAUUAUUUGAAUGAUACUGUAAAUGAAGAGACAGGGGGAGCUGAAGGAAAGGGGGAGUAUGGUGAUGAUCAGAAUGUUGAUCAAGUUGAGAAGCUGAUUCUUCGAAUUGAACCUCAUGUUGAAGAAGGUGAGAUAAGGCAUACUUACACAUUGGAUGAAGUACUGAAAAUGUUCAAUGUGAAUGAAGAUGAUUUUAAGUUUGAUUUUGAGGAAGAGCUGAAUGCUUUCGACAUCAACCAUCAGCGUGAUUGUGAUUAUGAAUAUAAUUAUGUUGAAGAUGCUGAUGUGUAUGACAGAGUUGAGGUCGAAGAUUAA